GGUUUAGUGGGCAUAUUGUGCAACCCACACGCCCCUCCCCUCCCCUCUUGUACUACUAGGUACAAGAAGAAGCUGAGCUACAGCAAUGGCGCCCAGAGCAGCUGCGGCCGUGGCCGUCGUGGCCUUGGUCUGCGCAGUGCAGUCGUCCCUCUCAGGGGCAGCCGUCCCGGGUCUGUCCCCUGGCUUCUACAAGACGACCUGCCCAGGGCUGGAGCAAAUCGUGAACGCCCAAGUGACGGCGACCUUCAACAAAGACCAAGGUGUCGCUCCCGCCCUCCUGCGCGUCCUCUUCCACGACUGCUUUACGCAGGGCUGCGACGCGUCGGUGCUCAUCAAAGGCCGCGGCACCGAGCAGAUCCCCGGCGGAGCCAACGGGACUCUCCGCCGCGUGGCUCUGGACCUCAUCGAUCGCAUCCACCGCGAGGCCCAAGCUGCCUGCGGUCGGGUGGUCUCAUGCGCCGACGUUACCGUGCUCGCUACCCGCGACGCGCUGUUCAAGGCCGGCGGUCCCCGUUUCAACGUCGACCUGGGCCGGCUUGACUCGUUCGCCCCGGCGCCAGAUAGGGUUAACGACCUGCCCUCGCCAUUCGUCGGCGCGGACAAGCACAUCGAGGCCUUCAAGGCCCGCAAACUCAGCGCCGAUGACCUGGUUUCCCUCUCCGGCGCGCACACCUUCGGUGUGGCCCACUGCGGGGUCAUCCCACCCCGGGGCACCCAUUCCAUGGAUCCCCAGCUCGCCAAGCAGCUACAGGAGAAAUGCACCAAACCCACGGCAACAACCACGCAAGACCUCGACGUCCUCACGCCGCACGUCUUCGACAACAAGUACUACGUGGGCCUGACCCAGAAGAAGGGGAUGUUCCUGUCCGACCAGUCGCUCAUCGACCACCCGCUCACCAAGAACCUCGCCCUCGCCUUCUCCAAGAACCAGACAGCCUUCUUCAUCGAGUUCGGCAAGUCGAUGACCAAGAUGACCGAGAUGGGUGUGAUCACCAGCAAGCUGCAGGGCGAGGUCCGGGCCGACUGCACCGUCGCAGGGAAGCCCCCCCGCAUCGAGGCCGCCACCGCCGCCGACCAGGGGUUCACGGCCGACAUGUAAGACAUGUUCCAUGCAACGUAGCGUUCCUCAGCUAACCGUGUCCGUGCGUAUACGCACGCGAACGCGCGGUGGCUUAUGUUGGUGUGUGCGUCUUGUGCUUGUGCUGCCUAGCUAGUACUACUCCUAGUUAGUUAAUAAUGAGCGGUCGGUUCACUUGCUUCCUAGCAUAGGAUUGAUCGAGGUUCCUAGUUUUGGGACACCCUUGUAAGAUCUUCGUCAUGUCUUUUUCAGAUUUCCAACAUCCGUAAUGUCAUAUUUUCAUUUCAAGAUA